GAAUGCAAUAUAUACUAAUGUUGCCUGCAAAGAUACUAUUCUCCCUCCAUUCUUACUACUGGUUCUGCUUCAGUUCAAAGGUGUUACAAGCAAAAUACAGCCAAGAUGUCAGAGAAAAAGAUGUCAUCCAGUCGCAAGCAUCAUCUAAAGAGUUUGAUGCUGUCCAUCGCUAAAGGUUUACUUGAACAGGAAGAAACGGACAGAGAUGUGGCGAGGAAGAGAUACAUGGCAGAGACCUGCCCAGCUCUGUCUCUUCCAGGAUCCAUGCAAGCUUUGCAGGACUUGUGCAGGGAACUUCACCACAAAACAGAGGCUGUUGACGAAGAGAGAUACGAUCUGGAAAUAAAAGUAAACAAGUGUGCAAAGGAGAUUGAGGACAUGAAUAUCAAAGUCAUUGACUUGAAGGGAAAAUUUAAGAAGCCAGUUUUGAGGAAGGUGCGCAUGUCUGCCGAUGCUAUGCUUCAAGCUCUGCUCGGCUCCAAACACAAAGUGUCUCUGGAUUUGAGGGCCAACUUGAAACAAGUCAAGAAGGAGGUCAAAGAGGAGGAUAAGGAACUGCGUGAUGUUGGUGACUGGCGCAAGAACAUUGAGGAUAAGUCUGGCAUGGAUGGCAGGAAGAAGAUGUUUGAAUCUGAGGCUUGAAUUUCUUAAGUUUUAAAGUUAAUUUUUCUGCUCUGUAAUCCACUUUAGAAUUAGUCUUUAGCUUGUAUAUGGUCAUUACAUGGAUACACUGUAAACAUUUGUGUAAUUGAAAGCAUACAAAAAUAAAUGUGGUUGUUCAUUUACAUUUUGUAUUCUCAGAGCAUAAUAAGCAGCAUUAAUAUGUACCACAUAUUCAAAAUCAAAAUGAGAAUGCUAAAGAAUAUGUACAGCUUUCUUACACAAUAAAUCAUCAAAAAUGAAUUA